UUUCAGGAUGAAGGGAUUUAGGAUCAAGAUGAAUUUCAGGUUGACAACAUCAGUUAUCAUACUUUCAUCAUUAUUAUCUUCCUUCAUCGAUGCAGCAAAGUCGUCCAAACAAUGUGGUUUACCGCCAUUUGUUGGUGAUUUACCGGAUGCUGAAAAGAAAGAAGUUUUAUCGAUAUGGAAGGAUUAUAAAUCAGGCGAGGAUUGCGCUGAUCAGAGACAAGAAACACAAGAGAUUAUUGACAAUCUACCAAGCGAUGUACGAGCAGUGGUAUUCGGUCGAUCACCACCAUUUCUCAAAAAUGCUUCAGCUAGUGUGAAGAAGUUGUUUCGAGAUAUCAUGCAUAAUAGAACAUUGAGUCAUGAUGAGAAAAAGCAAGAAUUAAGCAAAUUAGCGGAACAAGUUUUAAAUAAAAAACAGCUCGCUGAAUUUAAACGAUAUUUGCAAGAGCAUGAACGUCGAAGGAAAGAAUUUGAAGAGGCGGUGAAUAAUCUUUCAACAGAAGCUAAAGAAAUUUACGAUAAAUUGGAACGCUUAAAAGCUGAACGAGCUGGAAUUUUGGAACAAAUGAGUGAUGAUGUGCGGAAAGAAUUACGCCAAUUAUACCGCAAAUCAAAGGGUCAAAAAGGAAGCAAUAGAAAGCAUUGAAUUAUGUUAUUUAUAGAGAAUGCUGUUAUAUUCAUGAGUUUUUGGCACUUUUCUUCUUUCGUUUUGCAAGCUCAUAAUUGUAGAUGACAUUUCUCUGGAUGUUUCAUCCUUUGAUUCAGUUUGAAUUUUUCUUUUUUCACUAACCUCAUUCUUAGUUAUUUUCUCCGACAAUAAUCAGUUAGUCUUUUUUCUUUCACAAUUAAACAUUAAAAGUUGAAGUUUUGAA